GCCAUGGCGGGCGCGGCCGGAGCGGCCCAAGAUGGCGGCGGUGCGGCGACUGAGCGCGGCGGUGGGGCCGGGCCGGCGGUUCUGUCAGAUGCUGUUAAAAGAUCAUAAUUGGACAACUCGACAGCCUUUCCACCAACUUCUGCAAAAGAAACCGUCUCUUCCAUCUGCAGUGUGGCAUCGUGCAGUGAGAGGCAUGUUUAUUCAGACUCAGGACACACCAAAUCCGAAUAGCUUGAAGUUUAUUCCAGGGAGGGAAGUGCUGGAGUCGAGGACGAUGGAGUUUUCCACACCAGCUGCAGCGUUUUGCUCACCUUUAGCAAGACAGUUAUUCAGGAUUGAAGGAGUUAAAAGUGUUUUCUUUGGACCAGACUUCAUCACCAUCACCAAGGAGAGUGAAGACCUGGAUUGGAACUUACUGAAACCAGAUAUUUAUGCAGCUAUAAUGGAUUUCUUUGCCUCUGGUUUGCCUGUGGUCACCGAUGAGGCACCCAGGACAGAUACGGCUGCUUCCGAAGAAGAUGAUGAAGUUGUGCUGAUGAUUAAGGAGCUGCUGGAUACAAGGAUAAGGCCGACGGUGCAGGAGGACGGUGGGGAUGUGAUCUAUAAAGGCUUUGAGGAUGGCAUUGUGCAGCUGAAGCUGCAGGGCUCGUGCACCAGCUGUCCCAGCUCCAUCAUCACCCUGAAGAACGGGAUCCAGAACAUGCUGCAGUUCUACAUCCCCGAGGUGGAAGGCGUGGAACAGGUUGUUGACGACGAUGAUGACGUGGAGAAAGAAGCAAAUUCUACUUGAGUUGCAUCAUCUGUACCAAACACGCCUUUACCUCCUGGUGUGUGUAAACCAUCCUUGUGCUGAGGAACAACCCAAUCGACUUUUCAGAAACAUAGUUGCACUUCCCUGGGAAAGUGUGUCAUCAGUGUAAGCUGCUUGUCCACUAAUUUAUUAAAUGCCCUCCAUUAAAAACAAUCCUUUUGC